AUGGACGAAUCAACAUUUCUUAUGUUACUGUCAAUUUUGAUGUUGGUGGCCAGUUACUUGGCAGGCAGUGUUCCAUUAGCAAUGCCCAUGUCUGAAGCUAAAUUGGAACUUAUAUCAUUAUUUGGGGCUGGUCUCCUAGUCGGUACUGCAUUAGCUGUGAUUAUACCUGAAGGAAUUCAUUCCCUAUAUUCAACUAUUGUACCUCAUAAAACUGCUGAUAAUAUAACAGUUGAAUUAGAUUUUAGUCACGUAAAUUUUCAUUCAAUAAUUGGAGUGACAUUAGUAUUAGGAUUUACACUGAUGUUAUUAAUUGAUCAACUGUCUUCAAAAUAUACCAGAGAUGUUGAAGCUGGAUUAACCAAUCGAAAUUCUGGUAGCAUGACUGCUACACUAGGUCUUGUAGUCCAUGCAGCUGCUGAUGGUAUUGCUUUAGGGGCUGCUGCUGCUUCAACUCAAACUGAAGUUGAAAUGAUUGUUUUUAUUGCAAUUAUGUUACACAAAGCACCAGCUGCUUUUGGUUUAGUCACUAUCCUAAUACAUCAUGGUCUUGACAAAAAAAGAAUACGUAAACAUCUGUUAGUAUUCUCCAUGGCAGCGCCAAUUGGUGCUCUACUUACUUUCUUUUGCAUAGGACAGGAGAGCAAAGAAAAAUUAUCAUCUAUGAACGCUACUGGAGCUGCAAUGUUAUUCAGUGCAGGUACAUUUUUGUACGUUGCUACAGUUCAUGUACUUCCUGAGUUAAUGAUCAAAGCUUCUAGGGGUGGCAGUGAUACUUUUAACUCUAUUGAAUUACUAUGCUUAGUGUGUGGCACAGUGACACCAUUGUUUUUGUCAGUACAUCAUGGUCACUAAAUAAUAUGACCAAAAUCAUAAAUGGAUAACUAUUUCUUGUUCAAUUGUUCAAUACUAUAUGAUGAUAUAUUAGUAGUUAAUGAAUUUUAACAUUAACGAGCUUAAGAACAAGAGGUAUUUUCGACAACCUAUAAUUUGUUAAUCUCUUCAUUUGUUAAUCCAAAAAACUGUAUAAAAGAUAGAACUCAAUAAAAAAAUGUAUACAUUGAA